CCGCCGCCCGCCGCCCGCAGGUUGCUCUCCUAGAAAGUGGAUGAGCAGGAUAACAUGUCCAGUGUGUCUGAGGAGAGGAGACAGAGGCAGCAGAGCAUUAAGGAAGGGCUGCGGUUCAUCCAGUCGCCGCUGUCAUACCCAGGAACACAGGAGCAAUAUGCGGUAUAUUUACGCGCCCUUGUGAGAAAUCUUUUCAAUGAGGGAAAUGAUUUUUAUCGGGACCGGGAUUGGAACACCUCAGUUAGCCAGUACACAGAAGCUUUGAGCAUUGCUGAUUAUGCAAAGACGGAAGAAAUUGUAAUCCCUAAGGAGAUCAUUGAAAAACUUCAGAUAAACUGUAUUGCUUGCUACUCCCAUAUGGGCUUCCAGGAGAAAGUUCUGGCAGGCUGUGCUACAGUCCUCAGCCUCAAUGCAAGUAACUGCAAAGCUCUCUAUCGCAAGUCCAAGGCGCUGAGUGACAUGGGGCGCUACAGAGAGGCCUAUGACGCCGUAGCUGAGUGCUCCUCGGCGGUGCCACAGGAUGAGCAUGUAAUUAAGCUAACCCAAGAACUAGCUCAGAAAUUGGGAUUUAAAAUAAGAAAAGCCUAUGUUAGAGCUGAGGUUUCAUUAAAAUCAAUUCCUGGUGAUGGGACAAACAAGGCUUUGAGCUGCUCCGUGGAAGAUAUCGAGCCAGAUCUGGUGGCCCCGAGACAGGAGGUCGUAGCCGUGGUCCCGCUGCCUGCAUCCGGCUUUUCUCCCCACGCUGGGAGCAAGCUGACCUCGGUUCCCGCCAUGCCCCUGGUCUCUGUCCUGCCGCUACCUGUGGAGGAGAGUGCUCUGCCCCCCGCAGCGCUGGCAAAUGGUGGGCAGGGGCCCUUUGCCAUGCCAGAAGCAUUCCCGGAUGACGGGGACAUGGUCCUGGGGGACGAGCUGGACGACCUCCUGGAUUCCUCGCCAGAAGCCAGCGCAGCCGUCCUGCCCUCGGCCCUGACCAGAGGACCCCUCCCGGCAGCCCCUGUGCCGCCCAGCACGCCCUUCUCUGCCUCCUUGCUGGGUGCUUUGUCCAUUGGCUCCAGGCUCACACAGCCUCACACUUUCUCCGAGCUGUACCCGCCUUUGACUUCAUCCCUAGAAGACUUUUCUUCCUUAAAUUCGUUUUCAAUAGGUGACUCCAAACGAGAUUUGCCUGCUUCAGCUUUUCGAGAGGGAACGUCCCUUAGCGGCGGCAGCCCUUCUUUUUUACUUAUGAAUGUGCCAGGUGGUUUGUUUGCAUCUGAGAGCUUUCUUGGAGUGCCAAGUCAGCCCCGAAAUGACUUUGGGAACUUUUUUGGAAGUGCGGUUACUAAACCACCUUCGUCAGUGGCCCCGAGGCACCCUCUGGAAGGAACCCAUGAGUUGAGACAAGCUUGCCAGAUCUGUUUUAUAAAAUCAGGCCCUAAGUUAAUGGAUUUCACUUACCAUGCUAAUAUGGAUCAUAAAUGUAAGAAAGAUAUUUUAAUUGGUAGGAUAAAGAAUGUUGAAGAUAAAUCAUGGAAAAAAAUACGUCCGAGACCAACAAAAACAAAUUAUGAAGGACCUUACUAUAUAUGUAAAGAUGUCGCCGCAGAGGAGGAGUGCAGAUACUCGGACCACUGCACCUUUGCCUACUGCCAGGAGGAGAUUGACGUCUGGACGCUGGAGCGGAAAGGGGCCUUGAGCAGAGAGGCCUUCUUCGGUGGCCCCGGCAAGAUCAGCCUGACUGUGUGCAGGCUCCUCCAGGAACACCCGGGAGAGUUGAUAUUCCUCUGCGAGAAAUGUUUUGAUCAUAAGCCUAGAAUGAUAAGUAAAAGGAAUAAAGAUAAUUCUACUUCUUGCUCUCAUCCGGUUACAAAGCAUGAAUUUGAAGACAAUAAGUGCCUUGUUCACAUUUUGCGAGAGACUGCAGUAAAAUAUUCCAAAAUACGUUCUUUCCACGGUCAGUGUCAGCUUGACUUAUGCCGGCAUGAGGUUCGGUACGGCUGUCUGAGAGAGGAUGAGUGUUUCUACGCGCACAGUCUAAUAGAGCUCAAAGUCUGGAUAAUGCAGAACGAGACAGGUAUCUCCCAUGAUGCUAUUGUUCAAGAAUCAAAAUGGUAUUGGCAAAAUUUGGGAACAAAUGUGCCUGGAGCUAAGGUACUUGGCAAUCAAAUAAUGCCUGGAUCUCUGAAUAUGAAGAUCAAAUUUGUAUGUGCUCAGUGUCUGAGAAACGGCCAAGUUAUCGAGCCCGACAAAAACAGAAAAUACUGUAGUGCAAAAGCAAGGCAUUCGUGGACCAAAGAUCGGCGUGCCAUGAGAGUGAUGUCUAUUGAACGUAAGAAGUGGAUGAACAUCCGUCCUCUCCCCACAAAGAAACAAAUGCCUUUACAGUUUGAUUUGUGCAAUCAUAUUGCUUCUGGGAAGAAAUGUCAGUAUGUUGGAAACUGUUCCUUUGCACACAGUCCCGAGGAACGAGAAGUAUGGAUGUACAUGAAGGAGAAUGGGAUACAAGACAUGGAGCAGUUUUAUGAGCUCUGGCUCAAGAGUGAAAAAAAUGAAAAGAAUGAUGACGUGACCAGCCAGUCCGGCAAGGAAAGCGGAAAGCAGAUCCACAUGCCUACGGACUAUGCCGAGGUCACGGCGGACUUCCACUGCCGGGUGUGUGGGAAGAACUGCAACAGCGAGAAGCAGUGGCAGGACCACGUCUCUUCCGAGAAGCACAAAGAGAAGGUCUUCCACAUGGAGGACGACCAGUACUGCUGGCAGCACCGCUUCCCCACCGGCUGCUUCAGCAUCUGCGACAGGUUUAUGAGCGGCACCUGCUCGGAAGGCAGCGGCUGCAGGUUCGCGCACGGGAACGCUGAGUUGCGCGAGUGGGAAGAGCGCAGAGAUGCCUUGAAGAUGAAGCUCAGCAAAGCCAGGAAAGACCACCUAAUAGCCCCCAACGAUAACGAUUUUGGAAAAUAUAGUUUUUUGUUUAAAGACUUAAACUAACAUGCUGGCUUUGAUGUCUGUCACCCAAGCAGAACACGGACCAGAUGUGAGAACAAACGGAGCGUGUUGGCAGGCAAGUGGCAGGCUGCUGUGGACUUUCUGCUUGUCUUGGUGUCUGGAGGGGUCCCCACCCCCCAACAGCAGCCCCCACUAGGUAGGAAAGCAGGCUGUCGCUCAGGGACGGUCACUUCUCACACCACCAGAGGCACCCAGUGUGAAGCGACCACUGCCCUGUUGCCAUGUUACGAAGAGACUUGGGAGUGAAGAGUGUUGGGACCAGCGUGGGGCGAUUUAAGUGGCUUUCAGCACUGGUCCCUCUCACAAGCCACCGUGACUAGAGGCUUGACACUUGUUCUGCUCGGCCCAAGAGGGAUGAAAUUCUUCACGCUUUAAGCGGAAGUGAAAUUUAAUACAAUAAUAAAAUUUGCUACUUAAUCUGUAUACAUAGGUCGUUAAAGGAAAAAGAAAAAAAAAAAGGAUUUUCUUAACUCGGAUUUUAAGCCAAAUAACCAUUUAACACUAAUAUGUUAAAUGGGGUAUUCUUCUGUAUUUGUACAUUUCACUCUAAUAAGGGAACUGAGAAUCAUGA